AUGAAGAUUGAAGAGGUACCGGAGACGUCUGAGGCAGUUGACUGUGCCAAGGUACUACGGAAUUUGAACAAUGUACCACAGUCCCCAGAAACGUACUACCAUGAUCUUGUAAAACUUGACUCUUCAACUUAUUGGAAUCUAGAUGUUGUACGAGCAAUAUCAUUACAUGCAAAUCCGAAUUUGCCGUGGUGUUCGGAAACCAAUGCAUUGAUUGUUGAGUCAAUUGUACUCAAGAGGGAUGUCAACGAGUACCUUGAUGCAUUUAUUCAAAACGAUUUCUGUUCCCGUUUGAAAAAGAUUGAAAAAUUAGCUCAGUGGGGCAAAGGCAAGCAGCUGGCUUUGAAACCUCGGCUUUCUUUCCAGGAUGAAAAAUUCGAUGCAAUUCCAUUAUCACAGGCGUGGUUUUUAAUUAAUGUUACAAAGAAUGAGGACAAGGAAGUAUGCAAGUUGAUCUUACUACUCAUCAUUGACUGCUUGCAAUUUGAUAUCCCAGCCAAGAUCCAAGCAUGCAAGGUGUUGGAACACUUGAAGAUACUCAACACCCCAUCAAUACGGAAUUUGAUACAACCAUUGAGAGGAAACUUGGCAAAAUGUUUAAAUCACAUACCUAGUAUAACGUCAGAAUCAGACUCAAUUCUGUUAUUGUCCGAAGCUUAUCCAUGCAUAUACAGACUCGACAGUGAGUACGGCACCGAUUUGAACUACAUUGAGACGAUUGCAACUAUUUUGUCUUCCAUCAGUCAUGUCACCAAAUACCCCAAACUAGUGUCGUUUCUUUUAGAUCAAUUGAGAGUGUGCAUCAGCCGCAUCGGUAACAGCGUAUUGAUAAGCAUAUCGAAAAUAUUUUACACCUUGAAUCAAAUCAUCACCAAUAUCGGCAUCCUAGAGCUGCUGCCAUCGAUCAUCGAACAUGCGCUAGAUGUGGAGAACGACAUAUUACAACUUGAAUCGCCGCUCGUGUACUCCUUUGUGUACGAUCUCCUUGGCGCAUACUACAUACUAAAAAAGAGGGUCGAGACGUACAACGUUGAGGAACUAAGCGAUCAUAUACAGAAAAACCUAGCCUCAUUGAGAAAAUUGGCAAUAAUUUGUGAUCAAUUAUCAGAUUUCGAGGAUAUACAGGAUUCUAUAAACAAGAUUUGA